AUGACUAGUUCUACAAGUAAUAAUAUUGUCAUGAUAAAUCCAGUGGGUACGGAUGCAUGUAAAAAUGGUUCUUCACAUCGACGUGCAAGAUCGAUCAUUCGAGAAUUUAGUUUAAAUACAUCAACUCACGGAAUCCCGGGUAUUGCACGUAGUCAGAGUAUACCGAAUCGAAUAUUUUGGGCGAUAUCUACAUUUAUUUUUGCUGGUGCGAUGGCUUAUUUUAUCACAGAAUCGAUUCUAGAUUUCUUACAAUAUCCCACUCAGACAUUAGUAUCGGUCAUAGAUGACUCAAGUCAAGCUUUUCCCGCCGUUUCAAUCUGUAACUAUUCUCCACUUCGACAGGAUUUGUUCAUGAAGGAUUUUUUAAACUAUACCGAUGGUCUCAAUCUUACCAACACAACAAAUUAUACAAUGAUGGAAAAACAAUCCAUACUAAUUCAAGAUUUUUUUCAAUACAAACUGAACAGGAAUGAAUCGAUGACUGAUUACUUUUUCACAUUAGAAAACAUGUUGAUUUCAUGUAAAUUUAAUCAACUAGAUUGUUACAAAGAAGAUUUUAUCGCCUUCUCCGAUGCACGCUAUGGCAACUGCUAUACGUUCAAUGCCAAAGCGAGUCAAAUUCGAAACGGUACUGUAUAUAAAUUAUCUGAAAACGGAGACUGGGGAUUUUUAGAACUUGAAUUAUACGUUCACAGUCAACAGUAUGUUCCGUACUGGUCUCCUGCUAUGGGAAUGAUCGUUCAAAUUCAUGAUAAUGAACAAAUUCCUCUAAUGCAUUGGAAAGGACAUUAUUUGAUACCAGGACGACGACAACGAUUAACUUUCACUAGAAAAACACAGUAUCGUCUGCCAAAACCUUAUUCUGAUUGUGAUACAAAAGUUCCUUACAUGUUGCAAGUUGCAUUUGAUCACUUUGGCAACGCCAGUUACACUUACGAACAGUAUAUAUGUGCAACCGUUUGUAUUCAAGUAUAUAUUUAUACAAAGUGCGGUUGUGUUGAUUCGUAUGAAUGGGGGGCUCGAUACAUUGCUGUAUCAGGUACCGAUCAAAUAAUAAUUGCACCAGUAUGUAGUCAAGAUAAUACAUGCUAUAAAGUGGAACUCGAUCGCAUAAAUAAUGACUACAACGUAUGGAUACAAAAUUGUCCAAUGUGUGUACUUGAAUGUAAAACUACUGAUUUUCUAGCAAAACUAUCGUCCCUCGCCGCUCCAAUGCAAUGGCUUCUACAUGAUCUUAAACCUAAGAUUGAAUCUCUUUCUGUACCAUUGUCUGCUAACUGGUCGAAUAUGUGGCAAUCUGAAAUCUCUCAAAAUUACCUUGCAUUAGAAAUAGUGAGCGAGUCUGCUAGAACAGAGCUACUCAAUGAUACACCAUCGAUCAGUUCCGUGGAUCUUUUGUCCAAUAUAGGUGGUCAAACAGGUUUAUGGCUUCGAAUCAGUUUUCUAUCGUUGAUGGAGAUUGCAGAAAUGGCAUAUCGUCUUAUUCGAUGUAAACUCUAUAAACUCCGGAAAAGAAAAUUCAAGCGUUCACUUACGUAA